AUGAACACGGGCCGUAUCGACGCAAUCAGCACGGCAAUCAGCAAGUGCGGUUAUUCAUCUCAGCUUGAUGUGAUAGCAUUCGCUAACUCCGUUAGGGCGUUCAAUAACCGCGGCCUUUCUGAUGUGAACGUCCAUCUUGGCACGUUUGAGCUACCCGCUCAUAGCCUUGCUUUGGUGGCUCAAAGUGAAUACUUCGAGAAGAUCCUCGGCAGUGAAUGUAAAGAGGGUCUCUCGAGGGAGAUCACAUUCUCCGAAGGAAGUCUGCAAGCGUAUUGGAGGGUUUUUGAGUAUCUUUAUACUGAAGAGUAUUCUGAAGACCCUUGUCCAACGCUCGAUGCACAAGCUGAGACUGAGAAUGAUGAUGAGCUGUCAAAAGAUCUCCGUGUCUAUAGCUUAGCGGAAUAUUUCAGUAUCAAUGGUCUCAAAGAGCACGCAUUGAGCAGAUUUAAAAGCAAAAUUUCGCGUCUGUGGGUCAGCGAGAUUUUCCCAGAUUGUAUUCGAGAAGUGUAUGGGUCAACGAGUGACCCCAACUGUGACAUGAGGAAAGCGGUAGUGGAAGUCACGCGGGAAAACCGGGGGGAGCUAUGGGUAAAGAAGGCGUAUCGCGAGCUUAUUCAUGAAGGAGGCGAUUUCGCAGUCGACUUGAUGGAUGAGCUGAUGUAG